UUCUCUCCUCACCUCAUGGCCUGCUCCAUCUUCUUUCUUAUCUUCUCUUUAGUGUCCCUCCUCCUCAUGAGCAAGCUCCUUCUUGGAGCAGCGAUUCUUCAGGCUAAUGGAUGUCCUCAGCAGUGUGGAAACCACUCGAAGUUGUUCGUCUUCGGGGACUCCUACGCCGACACCGGAAACUUGGGGCAGAGGUUGGGAAGAAACAUCGCUCGUUCAUGGUUCCCUCCUUACGGAAUGAGCUUCCCGCACAAACCAACUGGCCGUUUCUCCGACGGCCGUGUGCUCACCGACUUCGUUGCUUCUUCCAUGCGAAUCGGAUCGCCCGUCCCGUACAGAAUGAGGCGGGCGCCGGGCGCCAGCCAGCUCGCGUCCUACGGCAUGAACUUCGCCGUCGCCGGCUCCGGCGUCUUCGACACCGGCAACUUCCAGCGCAACCUGGCGCUCCAGAUCGACCAGUUCGAGUCUCAGAUCGACUCCGGCGUCUUCUCCGGCUGCGACGUCAGGGCCUCCGCCGCGCUCGUCGCCGUCUCCGGCAACGAUUACCUCCACCUCGCCCAGCGAGAUCCGCACUACUUGCUCCAUCUCGAUCGGUUCAUGAGCGCCCUGUUCGCCGAGCUGAAGCGGGACCUGAAGCGCCUCGAGCGCCUCGGCGUCGCCAGGGUGAUGGUCACCAACCUCCACCCGGUCGGGUGCACGCCCUACUACACCCGGCCGACGAAUUACACUCGCUGCUCCGCCGACGUGUCCUCCGCCGUGGCGGAGCACAACCGCCGGCUGCGCGAGUUGAUGUCCGAGUUGGGGAGGGGCGGCGCCGCGUCCUCCUUCAUUGGACUCGACGUCCACGGUGCCAUCUCAAGCCUUCUUCGCCGAGAGAAGUUUGGGAAGCCGCUGGCGCCGUGCUGCGAGAGCAGGGGCGAGGGGGGCAGCUGCGGGCAGGUGGACGAGGAGGGAAAGGAGGUUUACAGGGUGUGCGGGCGGCCGGAGGAGCACCUGUACUGGGACGCGGUGCACCCGACGCAGGCGGCGUGGGCGGCGGCGUUCGAGUUCCUCCGGCUGCCGGUGCAAAAUAAUUCCAAGUGUCCAGGGCAUUAAUCCAGAGAUAGUCAAUCUUUUUCUUGAUUCGUUUAUCAAAUGUUCUAAUAAGCUUAGUUGAGUUGGUAAACAGGAUGAUAUAUUUAUAUCAA